AUGGCGAGCCCAGCUAGCCAGGCAGACUCGCCCUCACCGGGCUUCGCAGGCCGCCCUGCAGGAUCGCAGCUGAACUGGGGGCUCUACGAGCAGUUUCUCUUGAUCGACGUGAACCCCACAGAAGAGAGACUCUACCGGGACCCAGAUUUGGCAAACGGAGAUAAAGAAAAGUGGAAACCGAUUGUUGGGUUCUUCGGCAACCUCUACGCCAUUAGCAGCAGCUUCUUGCUUCCCUCCUGCCCACGCAGUCCCCUCGCUUCUUCGCAACUAGGCCAGGGAUAUGACCCGCUGCCGGAGAUUCUGGAGAAGAUCCGCGACUUCUGUGACAAUCUGCAGAACCAGGUGGAGUCGCUCAUCUACCCUUCUCAGCUGCGCUUUGUCCUCGUUCUCCUCGAGUGUCCCUUCUAUGAAGAAGACGGCGACUUGAUAGCUCUCGUCGAACUCGUGCGCACUGUCAGCCUGCUGAAAGACGAAGCGAAGCAAAUUCUCGUCAACUGGUACGCAAAGAUCCCCGGGGCUGUCGUUCGGUCUCAUUUAAUCAAUGUCCAGCAACUGAUCACUCUGCGUCUUCUCUCUUUCCCCGACGUGAACACUUUGCGCGACGCGUUCGCAGCGCCUCUUCGACACGCCUUGCACACGCUCCACAUUCUCUACGUGGCGACGAAUCGGCGGCAAGAGGCCCGACGGAAAACGUUAUCUGUCGCCGCCUCGCCUUCCGAGAGUCUGGGAUUCUCAGCUUCCCGAGCGUCCGGCGAGGCAAGCUUUGGGCGAGAAGAACACGCUGGCACGAGCUGUGGGACGGGGAAGAAGCGCGCGCCGAACCUCGCGUUCCGCACGGAAAAACGCACGCGCACUGGCAGCGACGACGGAGAGGGUCGCGGCGAAGGCGAAGAGGAAGAUCCGAUCGGCUACGAGGAGUUCCACAACGACGCGAUCAACUCGCAGCAUCCACUCCUCAGACACGAAAUCGCCCAGUGGCUCGGCUGGCGCCGGUCGCUGGCGUCGCAGAGCCAGGGAGGGGACGAGGAAGGCCCGCGCGCGUCGGCCGCUCUCUCUGAGGACGGCGAGACCGAAGCGGAGACGCAGGCAAGGACGGAAACCCCAGAGGAUGCACAAGACGGAGCAGCGACGGACGCAGAGAUGCGGGGAGACAAACACUCACCCACCGAAAGCCAAGAAACCAAAGAUACUCCCACGACACCCAACACCUCUUCCUCUUCCUCCUCUUCCUCUUCCUCCUCUUCCUCCUCUUCCUCCUCUUCCUCUUCCUCCUCUUCUUCCUCUUCCUCCUCUUCUUCUUCCUCUUCUUCUUCUUCUUCCUCUUCUUCUUCUUCUUCUUCCUCUUCUUCUUCUUCCUCUUCUUCUUCUUCCGCUUCUUCUUCCUCCUCUUCUUCCUCCUCUUCCUCUUCUUUAUCUAGGAGCAAGGGCGAGAAGAAGCCGAAGAAGGCGCCUCGGUUUCGGCACGGGGAACUGUCGCGGCGUGAAACAUAUGCGCAGGAGACGGACUUUGCCUUGCUGCAGCAUCCGUUCGUUCUCGACGCAGCGAACAAAGCUUCGGCGUUGAAGAGGCAGGCGGCUGUUCAACAGUUCAACCAGGCGCGGCGCGUCGAGAUGGACGCGAUCUUCAGCCUCUUCACUGGCCAAGAAGCUCUGGACCGCAACCCGUUCCUCGACAUUGUCAUAGACAGGAGAAGCCGAGUCCCCAAUGCCCUGAAGAAGGCGCUGCGUGUGCGGUUUUCCGGAGAAGAAGGCGUCGACGAAGGAGGCGUCAGGAAGGAGUUUUUUCAGCUCCUCGUCCAGGAGCUCUUCAGCCCCGGCUAUGACAUGUUUCUGCACUGCGAAGAGAGCCGCCUGUGCUGGUUCAACCCAGUGUCCACGGAGGAGAUGUCGAAUUUCCGGCUCAUCGGCGUCGUCUUUGGCCUCGCGAUCUACAACGGCGUGCUCCUCGGCAUCAACUUCCCGUCCGUGAUCUUCCGGAAACUCCUCGGCUGGCCGGCGUCUUCUCUGCGAGACUUGGAGGAGCUGCAACCGGAUGUGGCGAGGAGUCUCCGCGCCUUGUUGGGAGCAAGCGAAGAGGCCGUCGCCUCCAUGGGCUUAUCGUUCUCAGUUGAACUCGACCGCUACGGAGACAGAAUCGAAUUGCCUCUCGGCAACCACGCCGUGACCGACGAGGUCACAGUCGACAAUCGAGAGGAGUACGUUCAGCUGUAUGUGGACCACGUCUUGAACACCUCGAUUGCCGAGCAGUACAAACACUUCGAGGAGGGCUUUCUUCGCUGCGUCGACGAAGCCACCAUAUCGCUCUUCCGACCCGAAGAACUGCAACAAGUGAUCCUCGGCAGUGACGAAGAACUCAACUUUGACAAAUUGCGAUCGGCUACAACGUACCAAGACGGGUACACCGCGGAAUCUCAGACUGUCCAGGAUUUCUGGGCUGUUGCAGACGCACUCGACAGCGUCCAGAAGAAGAAGUUGCUAAUGUUUGUCACAGGAUCCGACCGCGUCCCCAUCAAAGGCCUGUCGAGCCUCAAAUUCGUCAUCGGCCGCAACGGCUCCGACACGGAUCGGCUUCCGACCGCUCAUACGUGCUUCAACUUCCUGCUGUUGCCGGACUAUAAAAACCGCGAGAAGCUGGAGAAGUUGCUGCAAAUCGCCAUCGAAAACUGCAAAGGAUUCGGUCUUCGCUGA